AUGGGCGCUGGCUGCCCACCAGUGGUGUCUCCCACAAAAAAACUGCUCCGCAGCCGCCGGCGCUCUUUCGACACAUCGACAAACACUGGCGAUGCGCCAAUAACGCGCGCGUCCAGGGACCCCAUCGCCACACACAUGACUAGCAUCAUGCUCUCCCAGUCUGCCUCUCGGGCGCUCCCCCGUGCUGCCUGGCUGUCUGCGUAUCAAGAGCCCCGCGCGGGCGCCUUUCGUGCCAUUAGCUCGCGAGCCGCCGCGCUUCUGUCGAUGACUGCGUGCUCUCGCCGCGCUUCGCUCAAGACUCCUCUGCUCGAGGCCAGCAGAAGCAACAGAAACAGACGGUUGUACGCGACAGGAUGCGGCUGCCGAGGCGGCAAGCGCACCAACACGGCGUACAUUGCGCUCGGCGGCAAUUUGGGGGACCGCGUGGCGGAGAUUGAGCGCGCAUGCAACGAGAUGGACAGGCGAGGCAUCAAGGUCACGCGCACGAGCAGCCUGUGGGAGACGGAGCCCAUGUACGUCACGGACCAGGACCGUUUCCUGAAUGGCGUCUGUGAGGUAGAGACUGAAUUGCAGCCAAUGGCUCUGCUCGAUGAGCUCCAGUCGAUAGAGAGGGAUCUUGGCCGUCGCAAACUCAUUGACAAAGGUCCCAGAAAUAUUGACCUCGACAUUCUACUCUACGGCGAUGAAAGGAUAUCAAACGAAAGAUUGACUAUUCCUCAUAUUGGCAUUCCCGAACGUGAAUUCGUCCUGCGACCAUUAUCAGAACUCAUCCCGUCCCAGUCAAUCGACCCUUCCAAGCCGUGGAAGCUCGUCCAAGACUACCUCAACGAUCUCGCCGCCGUCGGCGAGCCCCUAUCCUCCGUCACCCGCAUCUCCGCCAGCGCGGCACCGCUCACGCCGCUGACACCCAACCGCACAUCCCGCAUCAUGGCCAUCCUCAACCUCACGCCCGACUCCUUCUCCGACGGCGGCAGACAUGCAGCAGCGCCCGACCUAUCCGCAACCAUUCUCGACAUGGUCCGCGGCGGCGCCACCAUCAUCGACGUUGGCGGGCAGUCCACCGCGCCGGGCCGGCCCGAGGUCACAGCCGACGAGGAGGUCGCGCGCGUGCUGCCGGUCGUGGAGCUCAUCCGGUCCAUGCCCGCGUGCCGCUCCGUCGCCGUCAGCGUGGACACGUACCGCGCUGGUGUCGCCGCGGCGGCCGUUGCCCGCGGCGCCGACAUGAUCAACGACGUGUCCGCGGGGCAGCUCGACGCCGCGAUGCUGCCCACCGUCGCGCGCCUCGGCGCCACCAUUUGCCUGAUGCACAUGCGCGGCACCCCGCGCACCAUGGCCCAGCUCGCCGACUACCCAGACAGCGGCGACGGCGGCGGCGGCGUGACGGACGCGCACAACCUCGAGCUCCUGCGGCGUCUCGACGAGCUGCGCAACUGGCCGGGCCUCGUCGGCUUGCCGUGGCUUGUCGGCCCCAGCCGCAAGACAUUCAUCGGCCGCGUCACCGCCGUCGAGGACCCCGCUGCUCGCACCUGGGGCACCGCGGCCGCCGUUGCCGCGGCUGUCCAGGGAGGGGCGGAUGUGCUCCGCGUUCACGAUGUUGAGCAAAUGGCGGCGGUCGCCGCCAUGUCCGACGCCAUCUGGCGAUCUUAG